AUAACUAUUGUUAUUGCAAAAUUCCUAUUCUUUGAUCUAACUCGGCAACGAGUAACCGAUCGAGAUGAUUUCAUGGUGUUCUUAUGUAGAAAAAUCUAUAAAUACCUCAAUCUUUAUAACAAUUGUUACUGCAGAAUAUAGAGUGUCUCUGUCACAUGCCAGAAGUCUACCGCGUUAGGCGCUAGUUCCCCACUCGGUCCGAUUUUCCAGGUCGCGUAAAUCCUUCUCCAAGAACCGUUUCGCUCGAUUUUCCAUGACUCGCGGUUCCCCACCGUCCCCGAUUUCUCAACCGCCGAUUGGCGGGAAAGGUUAAAGCGCGUUCCAGUCCUCAACGAAAGAGUCCUCGGGCGCCGGAUGCGAUAAAAGCGUCGUCUCGUCUUCCUCCUGGCUCCCAGCAAACGAUAUAAGUGCGUUCACGCCGUCGAACAGGCCGGACGAUCUCGUCGGUUGCGAAAUCAGACUGGAUAAAGCUCUGCGAGUGUGCUAGGUCACCGUUUCUCUACUGUCCAGUUCGCUGGAGCAGCACGCUAGUUCGGUCGCCGACAUCGUCCACGGAACUUCCUCUCCCCGAGCGUCGACUCUCGGACUUGGUAGCGAGCUAGAACCUCUCCAAGGCGAGCAGCGAACUAAUUAUGGACUCGUGGAUCGCCUAAUCGCGGCUCGAGUCAGCCAGAGGCGCGAGUCGAUCGACGGACUUGGAGAUACGCGAUGCUGGAGAACCCGGCCGCAGGAUUCUAUUGAAAGGAUUCCCGCUAGGACCAUCUGAGUGGCUUGAAUUUCGUGGCGGUGGCCUUAUCGCGACCAGAGAUGGGCAACGGUUUUCUCUAGAUACCAGUUUCGAGCUACGGAUGACAAAAUUUUGUGUUCGUUAAAUAAAAAUUAUAAUCGAAGUUGUGUUCGGCACUUGUUUCAUAAGAUUUAGAAUUUGGGGUGUAGAAAUGGUAAUUUAAUUUUGGAGGAGUGAACUCUGAGGUAUUCAAGCUUUCAGAGAACAAAUUAUUAACUGACAGGAUUAUAACACCACGUAAGUUGGACAAGUAUAUUUAAUUAACGAGAAUAUGAAUACACGUAUCGAGCACAUGUUAGUGGUAACGGCUCGUGGUGUGGACUAACCUAAAGGAACCUCGCGAGGACGUGCGUAGAGUAAGGAGCAAAAGACGAUAGUCUGCUACGCACAUCGCGGCGGUCGAAUCAAACUGAACACAUAUGGAUUGCUUUCUCACAUUAACUAAAAUUAUAUUAUAAAUGGAAUGUCUAUUCUGUAGGUUAUCGUGUCUUUUUAAUCUUCGUCGGUUAUUUGAUUACUGAUUUGCCCAUCUCUGUCGCCUAUUUAAACGAGCGAAAUCGCUAAUUGUUAUUCGAUAACGAGGCGUCGAUAACGAACAGUUCGCCGAGAGGAAGAGUCGAUUAACCCACAUUCUCGGGCCAUCGGCGCGCGACACGUGAUUCUAGAGGCGCGAAUAUCAUCGACCGGAAUUGUCUUCGCGGAUAUUAGUGGUGGUUUGCGGGGGUGUGUUGCAACGUGGUAUCUAUAAACGGUGUGAAAAUGAGCCGUAAAAGAGUGUGGAACUCCAUCAUACGACGGAGGAAGAAGAAUCAUUUGGACUUGAGUAGCAAGGAGGAUAGCGAUUCGGAGGGUGUUUCACCGUUGCUAGGAAGGGUUUCCACCCUUCCGGCAAGAGGGUCGCGACAGAGACAUACUAUGGAUCCUGAAAUGUCAACGUUGAUAGAACACGAUCCCGACCAUCUGCUUGGGGAGUUGUUUGAAGAAGAAAAUAUUUCUCCAUAAAAAUUGAAGUCAGGUCUGUCCUUCGUAUCCGGAUAUCUCUUCCGAAUCAAAUAAAAUUUUAUCUCCGAAGGAAAACAACAAACAUCGUAAAUAAAUUGGAAAAGUUUCACGAAUACACAACGUCUCGACGACCCAUAUUUGGCAGCGUCUCGGCGACCCAUAUCGAGCUGAGGAAAAAGGAGGAAAACGGCAAAGUUCAAACCAUUCCAAAGUAACAAAAUUUGUCCGAAAAAAAUGAUAUUUAAUAUUGAUAAUUUCAUUUUUUCAUUUUCAAAAUUCUCAAUGAUAUAUAAGACUUAUGGUUUAGUCAAUCCAUUAUUAAUGUUUGUACAGUCGUUAAUGACUCCAAAAUUUACAUUUAAAUUUAACGGUAUUUGGUUAAAAUGGAAACAUUUUUAAGAAGCACAUUAACAAAUUCGUUUGAUAAAUAUUAAUUAUUGAACUUUUCAGAAUAAUAUUAUGUUUCUAAUUCUCAGGGGACUUAACAACAUUUGGUUCCAUAAAAAAGUUGAACGCCUUCAAGUGGAUGUAGUUUGAAAACAAAUACUUGUACUUAAAAACUCGU